AUGGAAACCUAUGACUCCUACUUCAAUGUAUGUUUUUUUUCCUCUUCGAACUAAUUAUUGUUUCCUUCGUGGUUUUUUGCCGCUUUGAAUGUGAUUUCUGCAAAAUAACCGUCAAAGUAUAAAAAAACGGAGAUUUCGGAGAGUCAGAGAACAUUUUUUUAUUCCGUAAAAAAAUUAUUUUUUUGUAGUGAAUUUUUCAAGUGAAUGUCCGAGAAAAAAACCUUUUCUUACUGCUGUCAAAUGCAAUACAAAAAAACAAUUCUGAAGAACGUCUAAUUUUUUUGAAUUUCCGGUCUCUUAUGCAACCAAUUGAAAAAAAUUUUUUUUCGAUUUAAUUGAACCAAAAGUAAUUUGAGAGUCAGAAAGUGAAAAAUUACAGUAUGAAAAUUCUUAAUUGAAAAAAAUAUUUCUUUAUUUUUCUCGUUUAUCGAUCAAUAAAUUGUAUACGCUUAGGUCCAAUGGACCGAAGGGGACAACCGACACCUUUUGAGGGUCAUCAGAGGGGAACCCGCCAUUUGGCACCCGGCACAUCCAGAUCAAUCCUCCACUACGGUCCAAAACGCUUGGCACAGAGUGUUUUUUGAAAUGGCUCGUCACAUGAGCAGUUUUAUAACUGGUUUGUUAUUUUUAUUUUCCUGAAUUUCAUAUGACCCCAUCUAAUUUUGAUUUUGUUAUCAUAAAACGUGAGAAAAUCGAGAAUUCGGAAGAAAAAGAGAAUUUGUCAAGAAAAGUUCUAUUUUAUGAAAGUUUCUUUGUUUUCAAAGCUGUGGAGGAGUUUCGACAUCACGCCUGAGCUCAAAACUGAGAAAAACUUUGAAAGUUAUCAAAAGUUCUUCUUCAUUAAUUUUUUUUUCAUAAAAAAUUUUGUAUCAGUUACCAAAAAAUCUGUUUCAAAUUUAUUGUCGAAAAAUGCAGGUUUCAAAACACAUGAGAUGUGAUUUUUAAGUAGCUUAAAAAUUUUAAGUAGAUUAAUGGAGCACAUUUCAAAGCAGCGAAGAGUCAGAUUCGCUUAUCCACACAAAUGAAGAAACGCCGGUUAAAAAAGACAUUUUCAGUUAAGGACGUCAAAGAGCAAUGGUUCUUCUUGCGGGACCAAUACGUUGAAUGGCAAGACUUCUCUCGAAAUCGACGACCGAAUUUCCAAUACGUAAUCGAACUAUCGUUUUACUAUGGAGUCAUAAGAUAGUCAGUUUUUUGUCCCUUUCCGUGUUUCUCAUCGAUCGUGUUUCAGUAUGCGAGAUCAAUUCAAAGACGAUCGGAACGAAAAUGGACUAGGCUCAUGUAACUUGGAUCGAACGGACCAGAGACUUCGAUUGUCCGAGAUAUUGUAAUUAUCGCGCUUUUUUUUAUUAUGCAUUUAUUUUUUUAGUGCGUUGAGCCCUCGCCGGAGUCCUCUAAGAGCAUUGCAACCUCGUAACACUCCUCAUCAGCAAGGUUAA